UUUGUAUAUUCUGAUAGUGACUGAUAGUGAAAUGUUAAUGAAUCGCAAUCGUUUAUUGCAAAUGGUGGUGUAAAAUGAGUGUUAGUCAAUCUCAUGCUGAUUGGAACCUUUGAGUCUAUAUGACAGACUGUAAAAGUUAUGGUCAGGAUUUUAUUUUCUGGUUUGGGCCGAAUGUCAGGUUGGUUGUUCCCCACCCUGAGAUUAUUAAGGAGAUAUUAUCCACUAAAUUUGGCAACUAUCCAAAGCCUCCCACUGAUCCCCUUGCAAGACAGCUGUUGGGAAAGGGACUUGUGGAUUUGAAAGGUGAGAAAUGGGCUCAGCACAGGAAAAUCAUCAAUCCUGCUUUCCAUAUGGAUCGCUUGAAGGGGAUGAUUCCAACUAUUGUGAGAAGCGGUGCCAAUAUGUUGGAUGGAUGGAGUAAAUUGAUAUUGUCAGGUGCAUCGGAAAUUGAUGUGCAAAAAGAGUUCAACGACCUCACAGCAGAUGUCAUUUCCCGCACAGCAUUUGGAAGCAGUUUUACAGAGGGAAAGCAUAUCUUUGAAAUGCAGAACAAACAGAUGAUUCUUGUAGUUGACUCAUUUCGCAGUGUUUAUAUUCCAGGUUUCAGGUUUCUUCCUACUGCGAAGAAUAGGCAACGUUGGAAUGUGGAGAAAGAAAUAAGAAGAUCCUUAAGACAAAUUAUAGAUGGCAGGGAAAGGACUGAUAUAACAGAAAAAUCAGGUAGAUAUGGUGCCGAUCUGCUAGGUUUUAUGAUGUCUGAGAGCAAGGAGCAGGGGAGAGUCGAUGUAAAAAGUAAUGGAAGCCUGAGUACGGAGGAAAUCAUUGAUGAAUUGAAGACUUUCUACUUUGCUGGUCAUGAAAGCACAUCAGUACUGUUGCAAUGGACUAUAAUAUUGUUGGGCAUACAUCAAGAUUGGCAAGAGCGAGGUCACAGAGAAGUGAUCGAAGUAUGUGGAAAAAACAAUUAUCCAGAUGCAGACAGCUUAAGUCGCCUCAAAACUGUGGGAAUGAUCGUAAAUGAGGUCUUAAGACUUUAUCCACCUGCAGUGCAUAUAUUGCGAAUGGCACAUGAGCCAAUGAAACUUGGAAGGCUCUCAAUUCCAGCAGGCACUCAACUUGAGAUUCCCAUGAUCCUGCUUUGUGGGGAGACGAUGCCAAUGAUUUCAACCCAGGGCGAUUUAAUGAAGGAAUUGCAAAGGCUGCAAAGCAUCCAAUUAGUUUUGGCUAUGAUUCUGCAAAAAUUUUCUUUUGCGACUUCACCAUCUUAUACUCAUGCUCCUUCGCUUUUACCUAUUCUGAAACCUCAAUAUGGAGCUCAGCUUAUCUUCUGCAUGGAAUAAUAUCUGAGAAUAGUACUGCCUAGAAAUUCCUCUGUAUUGAAAUUUUAACUAGCACUAUAUAUUUUCUGUUGUAUAAAUCUACAAUCAAAUACUGUAGAUGUUGAAUAUGUUGAAGAUUAAGAUAUAUAUUUUGUAAUAAAGCUAUUAUAAAUCAUUUGAUAUUA